UUUAAUUUAUCAUUUGAUCAAUAACUUUCAUCGGUGGUCAUCAACAAUUACAAAUGACUAAUAGUAUUUUUCAUCCUAUAAGAAAAACAUAUAUAAUAUAUAUAGGUGUUACAAAAGCCAUUACUGCAAAGUAAAGCAUUUGGAGAGGGAGAUAGAUAGAGAGAGAGAGAGAGAGAGAGAGAAAGUUAGAGCGAAGAGUGAAGAAAUUAAAAGCAUGGAAACAUCUGAAGCAUAUCCAAUGAACGGUGGAGAUGGCCUCCAUGGGUAUGCCAAGAACUCCACUUUACAGGGAAGAAUCAUAGAUGUUUGCAAAGCAGUAGCAAAAGAGGCAAUUGUGGAAAAGCUUGACAUGGGUGUUCUUGAUUCUUCAGAAACAUUUAUUAUUGCAGAUUUGGGUUGCUCCGUUGGUCCAAAUACAUUUACAGCAGUGGAAAACAUAAUUGAAGCUGUGAAAUCCAAAUACCAAAGCAAAGGCCUAAAUUCCAAAAUCCCAGAAUUCCAAGUCUUUUUCAAUGACCAUGUCUCUAAUGAUUUCAACUUGCUCUUCUCAUCCCUCCCUCAGGACCAACGAUACUAUGCUGCAGGCUCGCCAGGUUCUUUCCAUGGUCGCGUAUUUCCCAAGGCUUCUCUUCACAUUGUUCAUUCUUCUUAUGCCCUGCAAUGGCUUUCUGAAUUACCGAAAGAGAUAGUGAACAAAAACUGUCCUGCUUGGAAUAAAGGAAAAGUUCACUAUGGAAAUUCUGGUGACCAAGUGAUUCAGGCUUAUAAAGCUCAAUAUGAGACGGAUAUGAACAAAUUCCUUCAAGCCAGGGCACAAGAGGUUGUGUGUGGUGGGCUGAUGCUACUCAUUUUUCCUUUCAUUCCCAAUGGAAUUCAUCCUUCUCAAUCUGCAUCACAUUUGAGUAUGGACCUUGUUGGAUAUUCCCUCUUGGACCUUGCAGAAAAGGUUUUAUAUAUGCAGGGAAUAGUUAGUGAGGAAAAAGUGGAUUCCUUUAACCUUCCAUUAUAUGCCACGACUCCCCAAGAAUUUGAAGCUGUUGUGGAAAGAAAUGGAGGUUUCAGCAUAGAGCGAAUGGAAAUAUUGCCUAGAUCAGAAUUUGUAAAUGGAAACUGCCCAAAUGGCCAUCAAAUAGCAACUCACAUGAGAGCGGGGUUCGAGGGGAUGAUAAAGAGGCAUUUUGGAGAGGAUAUCAUAGAUGAGCUCUUUGAUUUGUAUGCUAAGAAAGCUGAUGAGAUAUUAAUCCCCGCCAUGGUUAAAUCAGCUGAACAAGGAGUCAACUUAUUUGUUGUGCUUAAACGCAAAGCUUGAUCUUUCAUAUAGGGAUUUAUAAUGUGUUGUAGUUUUCAACAGCAAUGAUUAAUUUUUACUGCGAAAAUUAGUGUAGUUAAAAGUGCUUUGAACUUCAAAAAAUACAUGAUAUGGAUGUGGCUAAAUAUUUUUAACACUUUAAUGCCACUUAUUGUGGCUAAAUAUUAUGUACGUUUUUAGCCAUAACA